AUGCGAGCCCAUUUAAGAUGGGUAGACAAAGUGCAGGACAAAAGCGAGCAAUGUAUCUACGACUUGUGUUUCAACCCGGACGGUUCCCAACUUCUUGUCGCAGCUGGCCAGCAAGUCCUAGUCUACGAAACCACCAAAGGCGCGUUGGUGCAGCCCCUAAAAGGCCACAAGGACACAGUCUACUGCGUGUGUUACUCCCGAGACGGCAAGAGAUUCGCCUCAGGAGGCGCGGACAAGUGCGUGAUAGUCUGGACCUCCAAACUUGAAGGAAUUCUCAAGUACUCUCACAACGACGCAGUCCAAUGUAUGAAAUUCAACCCAGUAUCCCACCAACUAUUCAGCUGCUCAAUCUCGGACAUAGCAUUCUGGUCCAGCGAGCAGAAAGCUGUACAAAAACACAAAUCAGGCGGCCGGGUGAACUGCUGCGACUGGACAAUAGACGGCCAGUACCUAGCAAUCGGCCUCUCAGCGGGCUACGUCUCCAUCAGAAAUAAAAACGGCGAGGAGCAGCUGCGCAUAGACAGAUCCAGUGGCUCUCCCAUCUGGAGCGUGUCCUGGUGCCCUUUACGCGAUGAUACCAACGUGGACAUCCUCUGCAUCGCGGACUGGAACGGAGUGCUGUCCUUUUACACUCCCGUUGGGCAGCAAAUCGGCCGGGAGCGCGCUCUGGACUUCAUACCGCUAAAAGUCCUUCACUUUCCCGAAGGACACUACUUGCUAGUCGUCGGGAGCAACAAAAAGUGCUUGUUAAUGAACCACGAAGGCAUCCAAUUAACAGAAGUCGGAGAUUUGCAGUCAUCUUGGAUCUGGAGCUGCGCUAUUCAUCCUACCUCCGGUUACAUAGCUCUAGGGUGCCAAGACGGGACGAUAACUUACUUACAACUCACCUGGAACAUCGUCCACGGUCUCUACGGCGACCGCUAUGCUUACCGAGAGAACAUGACUGACGUAAUAAUCCAACAUUUAAUAUCAAAUCAAAAGGUCCGGAUUAAAUGCAAAGAUUUGAUCAACAAAAUCGCAGUUUAUCGCGACAAACUUGCAGUUCAAUUACCUGAGCGUGUAAUUAUCUACGAGCCAUCUGGCACAGCCGACGGGAUGCAUUACAGGAUCCAAGAAAAAUUAUCCAAGACUAUUAACUGCAAUUUGCUAGUUGUUACAUCCAACAACUUGGUCUUGUGCUUGGAAAAACGACUCCAGAGUUUAUCAUUCAGCCAAGUGGUAGAGCGCGAGUGGGUAUUGGACAGUACAAUAACUUACAUAAAAGUAGUAGGUGGUCCAGCUGGAAAAGAAUGCUUGAUAGCUGGCUUAACAAGCGGGCAAGUUAUUAAAAUUUACCUGGACAAUCCAUUCCCUGCUCAUUUGACCAAAAUUGACGGCCCGGUUCGUUGUCUUGAUAUCAGUUCAAUGAAAGAGAAGCUUGCUGUAGUUAGCGAGCACGGUGUGCUCUCUGUUUUUGACCUAUAUACUGAGCACAAAAUUUAUGAGUGCGAAGAUGUUACCAGUGUGGCAUUUAAUAGAGCGUUUGAAGACAUGAUGUGCUUUUCCGGGCGGGAUUAUUUGACAAUAAAGGUCGGAGAUUUUCCGGAGUUCCGGCAGAAAUUAAUUGGCUAUGUUGUGGGGCAUAAUGGCUCGAAGCUUUAUUGUAUUAAUGGGACUAAUAUUGUUACGGUGGACAUUCCUUUGUCGACUACGAUGUACCAGUACUUGGACGCGGGGAUGUUUGACGAAGCUUACGCUGUUGCUUGUCUGGGAGUCGCUGAUAGUGAUUGGCUGGCUUUGGGGACUUUGGCGCUGGAUAAACUUCAGCUUAAUAUAGCGCACUCGGCUUUUGCGAGGCUGAAGAAGCUGAGGUACAUUGAGGUGGUGAUGGAGAUUGAGGAGAAGCUUAAGAGUGGAGAGUGGGGCCAAGAAGCUUGCAUGGCGACGGCUGCUGCUGCGAUGGGAAGGUUGAGAGAAGCUGCCAAGCUUUAUCAGAAAGCGGGACUGCAGCAAGCUGCGCUGGAUAUGUACUCGGAUUUGAGGAUGUUUGAUAUUGCUCAGGAGUUUAUUGCUACGGGAAAUAGUCAUGACAAGACUGUCCUGUUGAGGAAGAGGGCUGAGUGGGCGAAGAGUCUGGGAGAGCCAAGGGCUGCUGCUGAGAUGUUUCUUGCGGCGGGAGAUGUUGAGAGGGCUAUUAAUAUUGUUUCGGAACAUGGGUGGAUUGAUAUGCUGAUUAAAAUUGGGAGACAACUGGAUAAAGCGCAGAGGGACAGUUUGUAUACGAUUGCGAAGAAGUUGAGGGAAAUGGGGGCGACUCAUGGAGCUGCGGAGGUGUUUAGUAGGUUGGGGGAUGAUCCGGAUGUUGCUGAUGUCUUGGUAGACGCUCAAGCUUGGCCGGAGGCUUUUGAACUGGUUGAGAGAAAUCCAAAAUUGAAGUCUAGGGUCUAUGGACCUUAUGCUCGCUGGUUGGCUGAGACUGGAAGAUUUUCUGAGGCUCAGGAAGCGUUCCAGAUGGCUGGACAGACGGAAGAAUCUAUAGCGGUGUUGAGUACUCUGGCGAAUAAUGCAGUGCUGAUGAAUAAAUUUAGGGAUGCUUCUUAUUUUUACUGGCUUUUGUCUCAGCUUAGUUUGAAUCUGCCGAAAAAUAUUGAGGAUAUUAAAUCUAUGUAUCAGGAGUACUCUGAUAAGGCGGAUAUUUAUUACCUCCAAGGUGUUCGCAUGCCCAAAAUAUCCAUGAUAACAAUCAUCUACUGUCUUGUGAAACAAGCACGAAUCCUGGGUGCAAAUAAGCUGGCAAUGCAAUUGCUUGAACGGUUACGAGGAAUGAGAGUUCCCGAUCACCUUCAAGCUCAAAUAGAAGUGGCGACUCUGGCUGCGCGAGCUAACCAGUACCAAGAUCCUGAAGAAUUACUGCCUCUGUGCUACCGCUGCUCAACAUUUAAUCCUCUCCUGCCGGCUAAUAACUAUCCCAGCAAUAGGUGCGUGCAGUGUAAUCUAAAGUUUCAUCACUCGUAUGUGUCCUUUGAAAUUCUGCCUAUUGUCGAGUUUGAACUGGAAGACGGAAUCUCGAAUGAGGAAGCUAAGAAACUUAUCGAGGAGCCCAUGUCGAUUCCAGAAGACGCUGAGAUAACUCAAGACCAAAUGACCAUAGCUACUGAUCAUACUGAUUUAUUUACUGCGAGGCUUAUUAAAUAUGAGGACAAAGUUGAGGGAUCAACAAUUAAAGUAGGACGAAAUGUUUUAAUGAGUUUGGAACCUUAUGAAGUAUUAAUAGUUCCUUGGCCAGAACCAUUUAAAACUAGAUACUACAGAAGAAUAUUAACUGAUCUUCCAAUUACCUACACGGGCGGUCAGAGGUGUACAAUAACAGUCUACCCCUGUAAUUCAGAUGUCUGUCAAUUACGCAUCGACUUUAUGAAGUUCAGUCUAGCCCAGCCAAAUGCCACCGGGGUCUGUGACAAUGAUUUUCUUCUGAUAUCUGGCGGGGCAUCAACAGUACCCAGACUUUGCGGUGAAAAUGAUGAUCAGCAUGUGUACGUUGAUUUUAAUGGAGCUAAUCCGAUAACAAUAUCAGUAGAUACAAAUACAGAUUAUUCAUUUUCUCGCGAAUGGAACUUAAGGUUACGACAAAUAUCUUGCGAUUCAUCGUGGCUGGCUCCAAAAAAUGAUGGGUGUCUUCAGUAUUAUAAAGCAAUAAGUGGUACAGUGACAAGCUUUAAUUACGGGACAAUACCAAAUACUAGAGUUUCAACGCCACUUUUAACUCCAAAUACUCGACAAAUACAAAAUUUAAAUUACGGAGUCUGUAUUAAAAUGGCUCCUGGGUACUGUACUAUCGAAUGGUCGCAAGCAGACGCAUCGUCCUUUACUAUUUCCAGUAAUUCGGGAAUUGUUGAUAGUACGGCAGGCAUCGAUUACUCAUUAUCAGGAGAACUAUGUACACAUAAUUUUGUAAUAGUACCAAACCCGUCAGUAAAUGGUACACGUUACAACACAGAUAGAUUCUGCGGUAAUAGUUUUGAAACAAAACAGAGCAGUUCAAAGCCGUUUGUACUUUACGUAGUAACAAAUCCAGAUCCGAACGAAAACCUAGCUGAGAGUGAUGAUUUUGUAGACCACGACUUGGCUAACAGAGGUUUUGUUUUAAAAUACCGUCAAUUGGCCUGUGCAGUAUGA